AUGGUCUCCCAACGAGACCGCGAUAUCCUGCGCGAAGACCUCCGAGCCCGUGGCACAAAACUCAACGCCGCAGAACGUGAAGCUCUUCUCAAAACCUACCUCCCCGACCCCGCCGUCCUGCCGUCAAAGCCAGCCCGAUCUCGAGCUUCGACUGCAUCCAGCGAGCGCCGCAAGACACCGCGUAAAAAGCCUAUCCGCGCGUUUCUCAAGUCACAACUGCACCAUCUCACCUAUGCACUGACCCAUAUUAUCUUCGGCAUUGUGGUGCGCCUGCUGCAGGCAUACCACGCCGUCGUCGAUCGUAUUUUCGCCAUCGUCUAUCACCACCACCGCACCCCCGAGCUCAUUCGGAAGGAUGUGAGAGGACUGAAGCGGUUGCCGCAGCAUUUGAGCACGAUACUCACGCUGCGCAAGGAAGACGAUGCUCUGGCUGCAUUAAUGGACGAGGUCGCUGAAUUGGCGGCCUGGAGUUCGUGUGCGGGCAUUCCGCAGCUCAGUGUAUACGAAAAGACGGGUACACUGAAAUCCUGCAUCCCAGCCCUGCACCAGAUCAUCACUACCAAGCUGGCCUCGUACUACGGCACCCCCUCCCAACAACCAAACCUGCAACUCUUCGCCCCUCACCACCCAGUUUACCACGCCGAAAACGCCUUCAGGCCCGACAAUCCUACUCUGACCAUCCUCCUGCUCUCCUCAACAGACGGCCGUGAAACCAUCGUCGAUCUCACCAAGACCUUGGCGGAAAUGAGCCAGAACGGCAAGCUCUCCCCGGACGAUAUCACGCAGGAGCUGGUCGACGCUGAAAUUAGCGAGAUCACCUCUCAGCCCUUGGCUCUGGACCCGUCUUCGAGAGACACCGUGCUCAAGCCUGAGCCGGAUCUCCUGCUGGUGUUUGGACCUUUCCUCAAGCUUGAUGGAUACCCGCCUUGGCAGAUCCGUUUGACGGAAAUGUACUGCACGGGUCAACGCAGUCAUGGCCUUGCUGGGGAUGGAGAGGCUGUUGAGUAUCAGGGGUAUAUGCGUGGUCUUUGGCACUUUGCUGGGGCACAGAUGAGAUUUGGCAGGUAG